CAAAAGUUUCUUAAAUGAGAGUGGAAACUUCAAGGCUUGUCUCAACAUGGAUUGCAAAGGAAUGCUAUAUUUGUAUGAAGCUUCAUUCCUUUCAUUGGAAGGUGAAAGUACACUGGAUGCUGCUAGAACUUUCGCGAGAAAUUAUCUUUGUGAAUAUGUUAAGCUAAACGAAAGCAAAAAUCCCUACCUUUCAACACUAGUGGAGCAUGCCCUGGAGUUUCCACUCCGUUGGAGAAUGCCAAGGAUGGAAGCAAGAUGGUUCAUUGAGGUUUAUGAACGAAGUCCAGAUAUGAAUCCCCUCUUGCUUGAUCUUGCCAAGCUGGAUUUCAACAUGGUGCAAGCGAUGUACCAAGAAGAUCUAAAACAUGCCUCAAUGUGGUGGAAGAGAACAAGUCUUAGACAAAAUUUGGGGUUCAUCAGGGACAGAUUGAUGGAGAAUUUCUUAUGGACUAUUGAAGUAUUGUUCAAACCUCAGUAUGGAUAUUUUAGAAGAAUGGCCGCACAAGUCAAUGCACUAGUAACAACAAUAGAUGAUGUUUAUGAUGUAUAUGGAACCUUGGAUGAACUUGAACUUUUUACUGGUGCCAUUGAAAGAUGGGAUAUCAAUGCAACAGAGCAACUCCCAGACUAUAUGAAGUUAUGCUUUUUUGCCGAUGAAAUGAAAAGAGGUGAUGUUCCAAAAUCCAUUCAAUGUUAUAUGCAUGAAACUGGAGUUCUAGAAGAAAAUGCUCAUGAAUACAUACAAGAUUUGAUUGAAAAAACAUGGAAGAAGACGAACAAAGAUGAAUUUGAGCCCUCUCUUCUCCCUCAAAUUUUGAUUGAAGCUGCAAUAAACCUUUCAAGAAUGGCUCAAUUUAUGUACAAACAUAGAGAUGGCCAUAGCUCUCAAGAUGAUGUAAUGAGGCAUCGCAUAUUAUCAUUGCUCAUCAAACCUAUCCCAUUGCCUCGCCCUGAGGAAUCACAUAUUACUGCCUAAGCUUGUGUAUUUUCAUUCUUAAAUUUUUAUUUAAAAUGUACUUUAAGGGCUUAAAUUGACAACUUUUUGAAGUAAAGGAGCUUAAAUCUU